CUGCUCACUUCUCCCUCUCCUUUCCCCACCGACACCCAACCCUAGCGCCGCCGCCGCCAUCGUCGGAGCACCGGCCAGCGCCCAGAGCACCGCGCGCCCGUCCCUGCGGAGGUCCCGCCGCCGCCACGGCUAGCUGCGGAUUUGCGGCUGCAGCUUCGACCAGAGGAGAUGCAAGAACCUUGAAGCAUCUGCGCCGUAGUGUUCCAGUGGAGAUGGAGGACUGCGGGAACAGGUAAUUUCUGCGUGUCCCUGUUAAUUCAGUGUGAGCAUGUAGUGUAGUUGACUUGUGAUUGUAUAUUUACGCUUGCAUUUGGGUUUCGAUUUGAUUCUUGGUAGGGACUGUUUGUUCGUGCUAGAGGUUAAAGUCCAAGGUUUUGCUUUCAAGGACUCUGAUGGUAGAGAAUCAUACCGCAAAGGCUGUGUGAUUAAGUGGGAUGUGGAGUAUUUGUCGCUAACGCUUGAAAUGUUGCUCUCAAGUAUUUCUGAUGAAUUAAAACUGCACUCUAACCAGUUAACGGAUAAACUCUAAGGUUGAACGGAUUGAAGCAUGGAGAUGAAAUCGAAUGACAUUGCUUGCUAUUGCUGUGUACUAGAUGACUGACCAAUGUUUCCCGAACAUAGGACCCUGGACUGCUUUGCUUGCACAUUUUGUAUUAUCUAUGUACCAUUUCUUGGUAUAUCAUGGUCACGGUAAUUUCAGAUUCAUUCUUCUUGCCUUCACUAACUUUUGUAUCUUUCUUAUGAUUACUUGCUUGAGUGAAUGAAAGAUGCUGAUGCUUUCGUUUGUACAUAAAUGCCUUCGAGGCCUAAAUUAAGAAGUACCUGAAAGUUCAGGUAUGAUAUGUACUGUGCUUGUUCUCAUUGCAUUGUCCUUGUUCUGCUGUCUGCGUGUUUCCCUUUCAAUAUGGAUCGAUCAGAAAACAUUGAUCACUCUUGUGUUUUACUUCUGAAAAUUUUUAAGCUAUAUGUUUUUGCCUUUUUGUCACACUGCUCUCUGAGUUGCUUAUCCUUCUCCACAGUAUAUUUUUGUGCUGAUUUAUCUGCAACUGAGCUCUCAUGAAUCGUAGGCACGACAUCUUUCAUUGCAUCAGAUAUCUUUAUUCUACUGCCUCCUCUCCAUUCUUUUCUGAUUACAGGCUUACAGAAUCUGCACAAAGGUUUUCCAGCUUUCGUGAAGAAUACAACGUGACCAGACCAGGCACCACAGAUUACCAUUACAUUCAGAUAGGCAAUCAAAGGAUGAUUUGGGUUUACCUUGAUUUCUGCCUGUUCAGCUAGGAAUGGAAUGAAUUUCUCUUCGUUGUGGUGACUGUCACAUCCCUUAUUCCCUGUCGGUGUUUGGAAGCUCCGUAUUCCAAUUUCAAGAUUCUGUGUGACAAGUACAGUAACGGUCGACGUAAAUGCCGGUGCCAUCAUUGAUUGGUUUUAUCUCCACUUGGGAUCAGAAUUUUAUUUGGGCAGACAGAUUGGUGUGAUGAGCUUAUCGGAAUUUCAAUCUCGAGCAGUAUAAUCUGUGCAGGGCAGACAAAAUGGCACUACAAGAUCACAGCUACGAGGACAGGUCAACUUCUGUCCAAGAUCACUGAAGCAAUGACUCAUUGGUGCCCAGUACAAAGAUACCACUUUGAGAUGCAUUAUUGUACAAAUUUGCAAUCUUAAUAUAUAGGUCAUUCAACUGUGCUAGUGUUGAUAUUCUGAUUUCUGAAAUGCCAAUUAGUUUUUGCUUGUUGGAGUGACAGUAAAAAAGGAAUGAUUUUUGCACUGCAGUGAACUGAGCUCUCAAGCACCGUAUCCAUGCCUCUUUUCAUUGCAUCAAGUAGCUUUAUUCUAUCAUCUACCCAUUUUCAUUUAAAUGAUUACUGAAUCUGCAAUAAGAUUCUUUCAGCUUUCAGAAAGAAGAAUACACAAAUUAAACAUGCAAAACGACACCAAUUGGCGUUUCAUUCAGACAAUGAAACGGCAUGAGAAAAAGGAGAGCUUUUGCCCUACUUUAUUUCUGAUCAUUGAGCUACAAAUCUGACGAAUUGAUCUUUUUCAGGGGUGACUUUCACAUCCUUUGUUCCUUGUUGGUCUUGGAAGCUCGUUGUUCCCUCUUCUAGAUAACAUUGGUGUUACUCUCAGUGACAAGUAAACCACUGGUCAGAGAAAUUCGUCGGGCCGACAUCACUCUGUUCUAUGCUUUUAGCACCACUUGAAAUCAGAAUCUUGUUUGGGCAGACAGAUUGGUAGUCUGACCUUAUCGGAACUUCUGCCCUGGGCUAUAUAAUUUGCUCCGGCCAGGCAAAUGCCACUGCAAGAUCAUCAUCAUGACAAGUCAACUUUCGUUAUGGAAUCUGAACAUUGAGGCAACUGGCCAUUAGUGCAAAGUGCAUUCAGAUUUCAUGGGCUCAAAGUGUUGCACUGCAAAGUUUCAUUCCUGAAGGUGGGGUUAUAGAAAAAUUGACACUUUUUUGCAUUGCAGUGACGGUUAGUUGUAUAAAAGCGGGGUCCUUUUUGCACUUUGGCGACGGUUAUAUUCUCAAGUUGAAAGACUACCACCCUCCACUUGUUAAACGAUGCAUAUUCCAAUUCCACAGCCACAGAAAACCCUGCAUAUUUCUGCACCUCUACUUUUUCUCCCAGUAUAUAUACAUAUAUACAUCUUUCUCUCUACCUCCCAAGUCAGAACAACACAAAAAUUUGAGUCAAGCUGACCGUCUGCACACCUCAAACUGUUCUGCAUAUCUUCAGCUCCUUUGCAGUUGCAGGGCACGUUCUCGAGGGAGAAGCAGGUGAGGUGAUGGCUGCGCCGAUGGCGUCGGACAGCGGGUUGAGGCGGCUGUUCGAGAAGCCGCUGCCGGAGAACCCGACGCUGCUGGAGGCGCUGUCGGCGUGGAACCGCCACACCCACCCCAACAAGCCCAUCGAUCCGUCCUCUUUCACCGAGAUCUUCGGCGAGCUCCACUUCCAAGAGAAGCAGCCGGAGCGGGCCGCCGCGCCGCCGGCGCCGGCGUCGUGGCUCGACAUCGCCGCCGCCGCCGAGGCCGAGAAGAGCAAGGACGACUCGUCGCUGGACGCGCUCCUGAGGCCCAAGCCCGCGGCGAGCGCCAUGGCCACCGGCGUGAAGCGGAGCGCGAGCUUCUGCCUGAAGAAGAGCUCGGCGUCGCUGCUGCUCUGCACCGAGGGGCUCGGCUCCGAGAGCACCGUGGACGCCGACGACAUGUUCAAGGACGGCGACGCCGAGGCCGAGGCCGCCGCGCUCGAGGGCACGGGAACGGGCGGCGGAGACGGUGACGCCGCCGCCGGCGACGCGGAGGCGAUGAAGGGGGAGGAGGUGGAGGAGAGGCAGCCGAAGACGUUCCCCCCGCCGAUACGGUCGAUCGGGCGCGGCGGGAAGCCGUACGUGUGCUUCCGGUCGUUCCGGGAGGACGGCCGGUUCGUGCUGCUGGAGGUGGUGAUCCCCGGGAAGGAGCUCCUGCAGGCCACGCGCGAGGGCGGCCGGCUCAGGCUGCAGUUCGCCAACGCCGCCGCCGCGGCCGGUGCGGGCAUCGAUGAGGCGAUGCACGGGGAAGACGACGACCACCACCAAGCAGCCAAGAGCGCAUGCAUAGACGACGACGACGAGAGCUAAGUGAUGUCGUUGAUGUCCUUGGCAUUCUUGCAAGAUAUAUAUAUACGAUUAGCAUGUCACGCCAUGGUGUCGUGCUUAUGGGAAGUAUGUCAGCUACCUAAGGCUUGUUCAAGCGUUUUAAGAAAGUGGUGAUGAAUUCAGUCAGAAAUAUAAUUCAGAUUAUAGCCACUCAGCACGACAUGUAUCAUCAAUACAUCAUCUUGAUUUCUUCA